CUAUAAAAACUCAACCACAUUCACCAAAAACACAAAAUACUCUCCUCUUUCUUCUCCCCCAAAAAAAUCUCAUUGCUCCCUUUUCUCCCCAUAUUAAGAGCAUGGCCACUUUUACAUUACCAUCUCUCUUUAUUCUACUACUUUCUUUUCUCUCCGUUGCGAAUUCGGGAUCCGUUGGAAUUAAUUAUGGCCGAAUUGCUAAUAAUCUUCCAUCUCCAGUUCAAGUUGUUCAGCUUCUCAAAACCCAAGGGGUUAACAAAGUAAAGCUUUACGACACUGAUUCCAAUGUACUUAAGUCCCUUUCUGGCUCGAAUAUAUCCGUUACUGUUGCCCUUCCUAAUGAGCAACUUUCGGAUGCAGCCUCUAAACAAUCUUUUACUGAUUCAUGGGUACAAUCCAACAUUCUUUCUUAUUACCCGAAAACCCUCAUUGAAUUUAUCGCUGUUGGAAACGAAGUUUUCGCUGAUCCGAAUAACACCACCCGGUUUCUGGUACCUGCUAUGAAAAACGUCUAUUCUUCUCUCGUAAAAUACAACGUUGCUUCGAAAAUAAAAGUGACUUCACCUGUUGCACUUAGUGCUUUGGGAAAUUCCUAUCCUUCAUCAUCCGGUUCGUUUAAACCAGAUCUUAUCGAACCUGUUAUUAAACCCAUGUUGGGUUUCCUUAAACAAACCGGUUCACCCCUUAUGGUGAAUAUUUACCCGUUUUUCGCGUAUAUCGCGAAUACGGACACAAUAUCAUUGGACUACGCUUUGUUUCGCGAUAACAAAGGCCAAACGGACCCGAAAAAUGGGCUUGUUUACAAAAGCCUUUUUGAGGCCCAAAUAGAUGCGGUUUACGCAGCGAUGAAAGCUUUGAAUUUUGAUGACGUGGCAAUGGCGAUAUCGGAAACUGGCUGGCCUAGUAAAGGUGAUGAAAGCGAGGUUGGUGCAACUGCUGCCAAUGCUGCUGCUUACAAUGGCAAUUUGGUAAGAAGAGUUCUUACUGGAAGUGGAACCCCUUUAAAGCCCAAUGAACCACUUAACGUCUAUUUAUUCGCUUUGUUCAAUGAGAAUCAAAAGCCCGGGCCCACUUCCGAGAGGAACUACGGGCUUUUCUAUCCUAAUCAACAGAAGGUUUAUAAUAUUCCGCUUACCAAAGAGAGUCUAGAGAGCGAACCCCCCACGGUGAAUAACGGAAGCAAAAGCACGGUGGUAGCGGCGCCAACAUCCUCGCCGUUGCCGGCGCCGGGUGGUGAUGUGGAGGCGAGUAAGGCGGUGAACACCUGGUGUGUGGCCAAUGAAAAAGCGACACGUGAGAAGUUGCAAGCGGCGUUGGACUAUGCUUGUGGUCAAGGUGGGGCUGAUUGCCAUCCGAUUCAACCGGGUGCCACGUGUUACAAUCCGGAUUCACUUGAGGCACACGCUUCGUAUGCGUUCAAUAGCUAUUAUCAGAAGAAAGCACGUGGGACUGGCACGUGCGAUUUCAGUGGAGCAGCCCAUGUUGUUACUCAACAUCCUAAUUAUGGCAGUUGCAAGUUUCCAACAGGAUAUUGAUUGGUUGAGAAAUAUAGCAUGCAAAUGGUCCUAGUUAUUGGAUAAGGGACCAGGAGUCGACAUUUUUUUCCUUAGUAAUAUUAUUUAAGUAAUAGUAUAUAAUUCGUAGGUGGACGGUUUGGUCUUAUUAGCGUUUGAAGUUUUCUUUGUAAUUAUACCUACCUUUAUUUAAAUAGUAUUGAAUUGUUUUA